ACCAAUCAUGCAAGAUUCUCUCUGAAAAGCGAUGUAUCGAUUAUUUAAGAUGCGUGCCUUCUUCAAAAAAGAUGGUAUUAGGAUAAACACACUCAUUAGAUUACAAAUAUUGUUUUGCUGUUCGCUUGUUCAUGAAAUUAAAUGAAUGGAAGUUGAGAGGCCAGCAACAAGAGGUCAACAAGAACGACCAACAACUCGAUGGAGACGGGAAGAUGGGCCUAUGACAAGAGAUUCAGUAAAUACAUCCGAUAAUCGUUCUGACACAAGUGUACGAGAGCAUAGGGGUGAAGAGAGACCUGUUUCACGACGUGGGAUGAUGUCGAGACAGAGUCCUGUUAUGGAUGAGCGACCAUAUACUCAACAAAAUGCUCUGAGACCCAAGACUGCAAGUAGAAAUGCAACAAUGCGACCUCCUUCAGCCACAGCAUUUGCUACUGGUAAUGCAGUGAUACCAGGUACUGCACCACGUUUAUCUACAGCAAUGCUACAGCAGCCAAUACACCGAACAGGCACUUCAUUGACCUUAACAGGAGCACAGGUUAAUGUCAUUGAUCGCCCCAUCACCCAACAAGGACUUACUGGUCUUCGAACUGGCACCAGGGGACCACAAAUGAGACAGGUACAAGAUAAGAGGUACUUUGUAGGUCUCCUACAAAUGAAGAUUCGAGAAUUGUCACAAGAGAUUACACGCCUUUCAAGAGAAAUUGAUAGUCAAUCACGAGAGCAAGCAAAUUUUCUAGUCUAUGAUAAACGUGUAAAGGAAAUAGCUGCUGAACUUACAGAGUUGCAGGGCCAAUUGGCAGAUUACAACCUCGUAGUGGAUAAGGUAAACACUGACACUGAGAAAUCUGAAGUGGAUGCAGAAUGUGGGGAGCUGAAGGAACAAAAUGAUAAGGCAAUGACUCAGCUUGAACAGUUAUUUUCACAAAGGCAACAAAAAGAAUCACAGAUAGGUCAAUUGGAGAAGGAAAUAGAACAGGAACAAAACAUGACAGAGAACUUACUUAAGGCCAUGAGUUCCCCACUGAAGGAACAUUAUGAUGAACUACAGAAAACUAAUAAUCAGCUACAGCAGCAGAUGGAGACAUUACAACAGGAACUAGAUAGUCUUACUAACAAAAAAUUGAUUUUGGAAGAUCAGUUGUCAUUGUCUCAGAUUAAGCAAGAAGCAGUGCACCUACAUCAUAAAUUAAAAGAGGCUGAAGAGAGGAAAGCAUCUCUCCUGGAGGAAGAAAGGACACGAUCCACACCAGCCCAGGAGCGGGAACAGUUACUGCAGAGGGUUAAGGAUGACAAUAUUGAAAUUGCAACCAUGGAACGACAUAAUUAGCAAAUUGAGCAGGAUUUGGAUGAAAGCCAGAGUGAACGUCAUCAAAAGUAUCGAGAGCUUCGUCGAAGAGAGGAAACCAUGGAACAGUUCUUGUCAACUUUUGAUGACAGUCGUGAUCAAGAAAUGACUCGUAUUGGGCAGCUAGAAUUGGGCAUUGUAACAGCUUUACAACAAAUAAGCCAUAAUUUGGCUCAUUCUGGACAUCUUCCCAGUGUAGAUGACUUUGCAACAAUGAAGGACAAUUUGGCAUUUAAAGAAGGGGAACUUGAAAAGUCCCGAAAAACUGUAGAAGGCUUAGCAAAAGAGCAACAACAACUACGGCAAAACUUGCAGAAGGUUGAAGCUCUUGAAGAAAAAAUUAAAGCUGAGAUGGAGACUCUGAGGAAACGUAUGGCCACCAUGCAAGGAGAAAUGGGAACACUGUCAGACUUAAAUUCUCUACGAGACAAUGCUCAGGAGAAACGUAUGCUGUUGGACAAGGAAAGAAAAAUUCUCCUUAAUUUAAAAGGACCAGCUCAGCUUACACUUGUAGAAGCGCAAAUGAAACAUGAAAAUCUUCAGAAACGACUGAAUGAAAAUGAAACAUAUGCUCAGCUCACUAACCUGGAACGGAAGUUGGCCCAAGUGGAGCAGAAUAAUUAUAAUAUUCAAGAAUUUAUUGCAUGUAAGAAAUCAGAAACAGACUAUGAACCACUAAAAGACAAGGUAUACAAACUUGCUCAGGAUUACAAUAAUAUUAUAAAGGAUAAUAUAAGAAAAGAGGGUGUAGUUUAAAAUAAUUUAUUAAUUUUAAAGUCUUUUAAGUACCUCACUACCAUAGAUUGGAGGGAAACAAGUUAUUUUAUUGCACCACUUAAAUGGUUAUAAAGUUAAAAAUGCAACUUUUGCACAAAAUCAGUGCUAUUGAUCUCAUAUGUGCCUGAUGGAAUCUAGUCAUAUAAGAAAAAGGGAUUGUUUUAACAUGUCAAGCACAUCAUCAUCACCACAGUUUAUAAAACUGUAUGGGUAUUCAUAAUUUUUAAGAUUAUGAUGUUUGAGAUUUCAGAGUCUCAUGGUAGUGGGUAUGAAGGUGGCUGUCUUUUGGGAUGUUGUAGAAAAUGUCUGAUAUUUCAUUGUCCUAAUGAUGAAAGCAGUUAGCACUUCUGAAAUGUUUUGUCAGUUUGUAUGAGGGUACAUGGCAAAACAUCCCAGGAGACUGUUACCAUUAUGUGAUAAUUUGUUUACAUGUUAUUUUGCACUGUCUGUGAUCAUUACACACCAACCAAGGUUUUAAAACUUUUAAUGCAGCAAAAAUUAUAAAUUUUCAUCUUGCACUCCUUGCCAUAUUUUAAGACUAGCAUUAUUUCAGGCUUAAAUCACAUAAGGUGCCAACACUUGCAAGGCUUAGACAGAAAACUUUCAUAGUGAAGAAAAAUUCUUUUCCUGAUAAUACAAAACAAUCAUUUGCUCCAUCAGGCUUCACAUUCAAACCUUGUAGUCAUAAGAUAAGCCUCAUACGAUAACAGUUAAAUUAAAAAAGUAAAAAAAAAUAUCCACUGAUUAAUGCUGUAUAGAGAUUGUGUUCUGUUUUCUUGCUGAAAGAAAUGUUUAAAUCAUAAAUGUCAAAUAUUAAUUGUAUAGGCUGUUUUUCAUUUAUAGAAUCUGACAUGCAAUAAAAUGUUGGUUGUGUGCAAAG